AGGGCGGCGGGGGGCUGAAGCCCGAGGGCGGCUGGGGCCUGGAGCCCCGGGCUCUGCUUAGGGUGGUGAUACCACCAGCCUGCCCGCCCCUUUCCACAGGUGAUGGAGACCCGCCAGGUGUCCAGGACGCCCCGCGUGCGGCUGCUGCUGCUGCUGCUGCUGCUGCUACUGCUGCUGCUGGUGCCCUGGGGCACCGGCCCUGCCUCCGGGGUUGCCCUGCCCCUGGCUGGGGAGAUCAGCCCGGGCGGCCCGGGUCUGGCCUGGGUGCGCGCCUUCUGUCCCCGGUCUCGGCGUAGCCUGGCGCUGGCGGACGACGCGGCCUUUCGGGAGCGCGCGCGGCUGCUGGCAGCCCUGGAGCGGCGCCGCUGGCUAGACUCCUACCUGCAAAAGCUGCUGCUACUCGAAGCCCCUGGGCGCCGCCCCGCGCAAUAAACAGCCUGCCGUGCUCGCACCGCCUCCUUGCUGCGCAGCCCGUGGUGGUGCGGGGGAUGCGGGGUGGGCUAGGCCCCCGCCUCGCUGUAGUCUAGCCUCUUUUUCUCUCCCGUGUACUAUUCCGUUAAAGCACCCCGCUCCUCGGGUCUGUGCUCCCAGCUCUGCGUUUCCUCGUUCCCGGGAUCCCAGUCCCUCCGUAUCCACGUCCCUUCCCCUCAGGUCUCCGCAGCCGUCCAGGCUCCCAACCCCAGCUCAGUUCUUUCCCUUCUGCCGCCCUCGGGGGCUCGGCCCUGCUGGGUUUUUUCCUCUGCGGGCGUAGAUCUGAGUCUCUGCACUCUUCCUGCCUUCGCAUCUCCCGAAGCUCCUGCAGCUCACCUGCCUCAGUUUUCCUCU